UAGUUUUUGAAACACAGCUAGUAUUGGAAUUGGAAGGAAUAAUUACACAUAGGGACCUAGAUGGGUUUUUCAAAGGAAGAGAAAUCCAAAAGGAUAUUGAGGGGUGUGAAGACUCUGUUCUUCUUGAUCAACAUGGUUAUAUCGCUGCUUCUUUUCUCCGUGCCGGUUCUCCUGGUUAUUGCUGAUGCACUUGUUCCUUCUGCUCUACUCUCUGCUCUUUCCCCCACUUCUCUCUCCCUCCAAACUCUGUUCUCCCAUUUUGAGAACUACGAUUUUCGAUACUCUCUCAUUGACAUACCUCUCGUAUCCAUUAUACGGUCUCUUGUCAUCUUCUGUGUUUAUAGUUUUUGUGACGGACCAAGACUUUCACGUGGGCCUUAUUUGGGGAUCACCACUGUGUGCUCAGUGAUGUCUCUGAUAUUUGUUUCCUUGAAAGCUGUUUAUGUCUUUAGCAACUCGAGUGUAGAUAGAACCUUCGAAAUAGCUCUGUUCGCGUGCUCUUGUGCUUUGGCGGUGGGGCAUAUCGUUGUUGCAUACAGAACAAGUUGCAGAGAAAGACGAAAGCUUUUGCUCUACAAAAUUGACAUCGAAGCUAUUUCAGCUUGCAAGAAUGGGUAUCCGAGGUAUCCGAAGAUUCUUCAAGAAGAAAGAAUCAAAUGAAUCCGCUCUGACACUAGCAUAGAUGCUAGCUGAAAAAUUAUCAAUCUAACAUAGAGGUUUUCAGCCCCUCAAUUACUCUUAUUUAGUACGUCAGUGCGGCAAGGGAUGCCUAAGGUUUGUCCAAAGGAGACCUAACACAUUGUAGAAACAGAUUCAAGCCACCAGGUUACAUUAACUCAUUGAGUGGUGCAUUGUAGGCAUAUAUAUACCAUAGAGCUACUUCUUUGGCGAUUAUUUUAUAGAGGAAUUUUCAUGUAUAGCAUUAUCCACCUUGUUUGUUUUGUCCAAUGGCAGCAACGAGUAAGAUA